GUGACUUUUGCUGCUUGAAUGAAUUCAAUUUCCCUCCCAUUAGGCCAAAGCAGAAAGGUUUCAGAUGGGCAGCGUGGCAAAAGGCCAAUCACGCCAAGCGCUGUGGAGCUGGCAGCCACUGAACUACAGUGCACGUUAACAGGGCUUUAGCGCCCGAAGCACUUACAGCGCAUCAUUUGGACUUCACCUUAUGGAUACAGUAACAUCAAACACGGUAACUCAGACGCAGCGCAAAGCAUUUCUACUUCACCUGACUCUCCAUCUAUACUAAUGCGAAUUCUACGUUGUCCUUUUGCAUCAAUUACUGCCGUGCCACAUGUUGCAUGUUUACACGGCCGUGUGAAUUGUUCAUUGCGCUGAUCCGUCUUCCGAAAUGCCAACGUUUUACUCUCCCGAGGGGAAACCUCAGCCUUCCCCGGUGCUUCCAUAUCAGCCAAGUGUAAGCAGUUGCUUCUACGUUCCAUGAGUAAUACCAUAAUAUAAGCACAUCUUUCACCAGGAGAGCCGCAGCAAUAGUUUCUGGCUGAGUACUGGAUGCAAUGUGCUCAAUUGCGGAAUACGGACAUGUCCUCUGCCAAGCAAGCAUCGACUCACAACACCUGCGCAAAAGCCCUUAUUCCCGAAAGACCUCACGCGCUCGACAUCCGAUGCUCUCUCUCUCUCUCUUACUUAGAGCGCGCACAUGUCAAUCAAUCAUGGCUUCGCUUCCCCGGUCGGUAGCGCUUAUUACAUCAAUUACACACAGGGGAC